UUCCCGGAACCGGAAGUGCGUGCGCGAGGCUCAGCGGGCGUGCGGUGUUUGUGGCGUUCGCUUUCGGGGACCUGGGGGACAGAGUACGUGACGGUCGCGCUGUCUGUUUUCUGGCGCUAUGCCUCAUAGGCGGAAGAAACCAUUCAUAGAAAAGAAGAAGGCUGUAACAUUUCAUUUAGUACACAGAAGUCAGAAGGACCCUUUGACAGCAGAUGAAACUGCACCCCAGAGAAUUCUAUUACCUGCGCAAAAGGGAAAUGAUGAAAAACGGAGAGAAGAACAGAGGAAAUAUGGAGUCUUCUUCGAUGAUGACUAUGAUUACUUGCAACAUCUCAGAGAAGCUUCUGGAACUUCUGAGCUUGUUCCAUCAAGCAUCCAAAGCCAACAAGGCAGGAUUAUAGUGACCAAAGAAGGGGAGGUUGAAGAGGAAAUUCAGUGCAUUUUGGCUCCCACUAUUAAUUUGCCCUCAUCAGUGUUUGCAUCAGAUUUUGAAGAGGAUGUGGGACUGUUAAAUAAAGCUGCUCCUGUUUCAGGGCCCAGGCUGGAUUUUGACCCCGACAUUGUUGCUGCACUUGAUGAUGAUUUCAAUUUUGACGAUCCAAAUAAUCUUCUUGAGGAUGACUUCGUUUUAAAUGCCAAUAAGCCUGGGAGCAUAGAGCAGGAAGAGGAAGGUUAUUGGGAAUCGAAAGCUGGAGAUGAAGAUGAAUGGGAGGACGUGGAGGAAGAGGAGAUGGAUGGAAAGAACAUUUGUAGUGAUGGAGAGUAUGAGUCUGAGGGUCCUUUGUCAGAUGACAGUGAAAUUGGAGGAGAGAUGAAAGAAUUUCUUUUCAUGCAAGAAGAGACCAAGAGCCGUUUCACAGAAUACUCCAUGACCUCCUCAGUAAUAAGAAGGAAUGAGCAGCUGACCCUUCUGGAUGAGAGAUUUGAGAAGUUUUUCGAGCAGUUUGAUGAUGACGAAAUUGGAGCAUUAGAUAAUGCAGAACUGGAAGGCUUCAUUCAAAGUGACAGUGCUCGGCUACGGGAAGUCUUGAAUGACUACUACAAAGAGAAAGCAAAGGACUGUGUGAAACUAAAUGACCUUGAAAUCGGGGAGGAUUCAGAGGUGCUCCUGAAUAAGUCAGUAGAAGAAGCAGAUGAAGAACAAGAGGAAAUUGUAACUUUAAUUAUAGAGGAGCCCAAAGAAAAAUGGGACUGUGAAUCCAUUUUAAGUACCUAUUCAACCUUAUACAAUCAUCCAAAACUUAUUGAAGUUCCACAAAAGCCAAAACCAAUCAAAGUGUCCCAUAAGACUGGAAUCCCACUGGAUGUUUUGCCUAAAAGAGGACUUACAGCUAAGCAGGUUGAGUGCAUGCAGAUGAUUAAUGACAGUGACCUGCCAAGAGUCUCCACACAACCACGUCCCAAAAAGGAAAGUAAAGAAGAUCACAAAGCCAGAAAACAAGCUAUCAAAGAAGAACGCAAAGAACGCAGAAUAGAGAAGAAAGCAAACAAAAUAGCCUUCAAACAUGAGAAAACAAGGCAACAGAAAGAGCUGCUCAACUUGCAACAGAAUGUUCAAGGGCUCAAAUUGUUAUAAUCAGAUUAAUUGCUUCUUAUGAAGGACAUUCAACCACCUUGUUCUUUGUUAUCAUCUCUGAAAAGGUUACUUUCGCUGUCUUCAGUCUGUUCUGACACAGAAUAAUAUCUUCUAGCGAAAUUGUUACCCAAUAUUUGGUACAAAAUAGUGGAGACUCUGCAUAAAGAAGUAUCUGGCCGGGAUGUCAGGGCUCCUCCAUUUUGAAAAGUUGUAUUAUGUUAUUAUUCUUGUGCUGUAUGCUGCUGUAUUGUAACACACAAUCUGGCAGAACCACAUAAUUCUAGAAGAACCAAAAAUAACAGAAAAGAAGUGAGAUUACUGAUUUUAACAACAUAACAGCUUAAAACCCAUGAACAAUUUGUGGAUUCUCACUCCUGAGAAGAGGAAGUCAUAUGCUGAUUUACAGUGUGAUCAUUUAGGGAAUCAGUAUAAGCCCUUUGAUUUCUUCUGGGCUUACAUUGGAAUUGCACUGUUAACCUCAUAAUUUGUCUAUAAUAAAGAUACGUCCUUAAAAGUUAUUUAUAUAGUUUUUAAAUGGGCAAAGUGUUCAAAGACUUUGUUAUAUAAGUAAAAUUGGAUAAGAAAAAUCAUUUAUGCUGUCCUGAGCUUCUUGGAGAACAGGUGGGGUAAAAAUGGAUGGAUUGAUAAAAGUUUAAAAGUUGGCACUUAAUUUCUUAGUCCAGUUUAAAUCAUUUUUCAGCAUUUGCGGCAGUGCUUGGGUUAUAUUUCCUUGCCUGGUUGUACUGUUUUUGACAGUAGUUACAGUUUGCUUUCUGUAUACAAAAAGCACCCCAGAAAUCUAUGCAUUUUGCCAUUGGGGCAGGGUACUUUUUACUCCAGUCCAUGUCAUAUUGGGAUACAAAAAAGCCACAAGAGUCAUUAAGAAAACUCUGAUCUGAGAAAUCAUUUUUAAGUGGUCUGGAGAGCUAUACAGCCUUUUCUGAUAAUCUGGAGUACAUUUACCUCACCACAGGGAGAGAUAUUGGUGGGUUAGUGACAAACCACCCUAAAUAAAAAAAGACGUUAAGAAUUAUUAGUUUUGACAUGUUUUCCUUUAUAAUGCAUAUUAGGUUGUUAGUUAUCUAUAAGUGGGAACAUGCAAUGACUUGUGGGAGGCAUCUCAUUUCCCUCUCCCCCACUAUUUCCUUUUUCCCAUCCCUGAAA